GGGUUAAUUCAUUAAAAAUUAUUGUAUUUGUUGUUAAUUUUGUUAUCUUUAUAGUAUUGAUUCCAAGAAACAUGAUGAAGGAUUCUCCAGAUCUAUUCCAGUUUGUGAAAGAUGUUGUGGAAAAGCUAGAUGAUGCUAGAAUAGACAGAGUGCAUGAUAGAAAGCCUACUUAUGAUGUAUUCCUUGACAGUGCUGCAGAUGGUCCAGGUUUACUGUCUGGAGAACUGGAGUUGGUUAGAAAUAUUGAUUUAGCCGUCAAAGAGGAAAGAUAUGAUGAUGCAGCAAUGUGGAGAGACAAGCUAAUGAAACUUCGCAAUUCACAAGAUGAUCAUUAGCUGACCCUCAACAUUUGUCCACUCACCUUUAGGUGCUGGUAAUAUGCUAGGAACUAUAUAUACUUGCAUAAUUUAAGAUGCUUGAAAGAGGACAUGUACAGAUUCAACUUAUAGUGAAGUUCCCUGGUUUGAAGCAUGAUUUGUUCAUAUAGCCAAAAUGUGAUAUAUAUUCAAUUUGCAUAUUGAACUACAUGGAACAUGUUUGUAAGUAUUCUCAUUUAUAUGUGGCAAAGAAUAUAUAUUCUGUUGGAAA